AUCCCCCCCUCCGCAGCUCCGGCGGGUGGAGCGGUGCCUGCUGCACUUUGACAUCGCCUCACUGGACCUGGACCAGGUGCUCCGCCUGUGUUCCUCCCAGCACCUGCACAGCGCCUCCGCCGCCAUUCACAACCGCCUGCACGACUACAAGCGCCCCCUGCUAGACAUGCUGGCGGCGGUAGCGGGCGUACGACAGGGAGGCAGCAGCGGCAGUACGGCAACGGGUGCUAGUACGGCAGCAGCAGGGCAGCUGGUCGAUCCUCGCCAGCAGCAUGCGGCGGUGGCGGCGGCGGAUGAGGAGGAGGAGGAGGGGCAGCGGCGGCGGGAGGCGGGUUUCAAGUU